AUGGACCAAGAUGUGCUCGCACAUUUCGACUGGAGCGCAUACGACAACACGGCGCAAAGCCGGUUCCUAGAAGGCCGCGAAGGCGUGUUCUGGUCGAAUGGAUUCCACAACCUGGUGACGCUAUCCGUCGUCUGCGGACUCGCCUGGUGGGCGUACCGGCUUUGGUGCAGCUUCUACUCCUUGCGUUGCGUACAGGCCAAGAUGCAGGCUAUGCACAAGGUGCUGCACUUGCACGGCUUGGCGGAGUACUACGACGACCUGCUCAUGCUCACGAGGGAGCACUUCAACACCAUCGUCAAGUCGCAUGACUACGUGGUGCCGCUGCCAGUCACGCGCAUCCGCAUGCCGGGUCACCUAAUCGCAAGGUCGCUGCGCCUGCAGGUGGGCGACGGCUAUGACUACAAACUGCCAAUCCUGCCGACGCCCGCAGCGGAGAGCGCCGCGGCGUCCAUGUGCCUCGACAACUUGGAAGUGUCGUUCUCCAUGGACUGCAACCGCGCAACUUUCGUCAGCGCGCACUGGGGAGUGCCGGCCGCUGACUUGCACAAAAUUUGCGUGGAUAGCACAAGCGCGUUCAGGGAAGACCCGGUGACGCCCUUCAGCGUGCGUAGAUUCCUCCGGAGAGCGCUCUUCCCCAAUCGGCAGGUGCAGUACGAGAGCCUCCUGGACACGGAGGGCGCAGCGGAGCCGGACUCCCCAGACGACACCGACCACCGAUACGGCCGCUUUACCGCCCUGGAUUACACCCAAAAGAUAUGCUCCAACGAAGCGGUCUGUUACGACGCCGGCAGUGGGAUCCGCUGCACGGUGUCGCCCACCAUCAAGACGGUGGAAGAGGACGGCGAGGCCAAGUCCAUCUGGGAUGUGCUGCUCAGCCGCCAACACGCAGGCAGGGACAUAAUCCCACUCGUGGUGGUGCUGUACUCGCCGCGAACCCAAGACGCAAGAGUGUUCAGCGAGGGCAGCGUGGAGACCUACCUGGGCAUCGCCGAGAUUACCCUCAUUACCUUCCGCGGAACCUUAAAGCCCACCAUGUUCGUGCUGCGCGGCCCCAAUAACCCCAGCGGCGUCGUCAUCGACGGAGUCAAGCAGGUGUGCUUCUCGAACGAUUUCGGACGGCCGCAGGAGCCACGCGAUAUGUACGGCAUGGGGGACGAGGCGGACAAGGACUGCCUCAUCUGCCUGUGCACCCGUAUGGACACGGUGCUGAUGCCAUGCGGGCACGCAUCGUUCUGCUACAGCUGCCUGCAGUCGCUGCGCACGGAGAAAUGCCCAGUGUGCAGGGCACCGUUCAAAUCGUAUGUAAGGUUCCCUCUGGCGAGGACUGACAGCAUGUCGUAA